CACUUUUACCAGGUGGGCGGAGUAGCCUCCGGUGGACAAAUCAGAUUCCUCCUCAGCUCCAGCUUCAAGAGGUAAGCUAGGCAUUCAGGGUCCCAGACACCCAGGCACCGGCGGAGGCAGCAGCAGCAGCAGCAAGAGCAGCAGGAAGUGUGGGGAAGUCCAGAGGCCAGAACCAUGGAAGACCAGCGCGACCUCAUCUCCAACCAUGAGCAGCUGCCCAUGCUGGGCCAGCGCCCCAGUGCCCCAGAGAGCAAGUGCAGCCGAGGAGCUCUGUACACAGGCUUUUCUGUCCUGGUGGCUCUGCUCCUGGCUGGCCAGGCCACCACCGCCUACUUCCUGUACCAGCAGCAGGGCCGGCUGGACAAGCUGACCGUCACAUCACAGAACCUGCAGCUGGAGAAUCUGCGCAUGAAGCUUCCCAAACCUCCCAAGCCUUUGCACAAGAUGAGGGCUGCCACCCCCAUGCUGAUGCAGGCGCUGCCCAUGCCAGACCUGCUCCAGGAGCCCUUGCAGAAUGCCACCAAGUAUGGCAAUAUGACACAGGACCACGUGAUGCAUGUGCUUCUGGAGACCGACCCCCUGAAGGUGUACCCGAAGCUGAAGGGGAGCUUCCCAGAGAACCUGAAACACCUUAAGAACACCAUGGGGCCCCUGGAAUGGAAGGUCUUUGAGAGCUGGAUGUAUCAGUGGCUCCUGUUCGAAAUGAGCAAGAACUCCCUGGAGAAUAAGCCCGAGGUUCCACUAAAAGCACUGACCCAGUGCCAGGAGGAGGUCAGCCGCGUCCCCGCCGUCCACCCUGGCACAUUCAGGCCCCAGUGCGACGAGAACGGCAACUAUAAGCCGCUCCAGUGCUAUGGGAGCACCGGCUACUGCUGGUGCGUCUUCCCCAACGGCACCGAGGUCCCCCACACCAGGAGCCGUGGGCACCGUAACUGCAGGGAGCCACUGGAUAUGGAAGAUCUGUCAUCCGGGCUGGGUAUGACCAAGCAGGACCUGGGUCAAGUGGCCGUGUGAGAAGAGCAGACGCUGACGCCAGCACACAGCCCGCCCUGCAUGGCCACUGCCUCCUUGCUCCCCUCCAUCCCCCAACCCUAGCCCCUCUCCUUCUCUCCCACACUGCUCCCACACUCACUGUCUCCCACUCUGCGCCGCCUUCCGGGACACCCUGGCUCCUGGCUCUCCAUCAUCCUUAGAUACCAGUCACGUCAGGGAACACAGAUUUAAUGAUGCAGGAGGGCCCUGUGGCCCGACCCCCCAUCGAUCAGCAGGAACGUGUGGCCCAAGGCGGUAGACUAGGAGGUACGUGCUAUGGGAGCUUCAGCCUCCAACAUGGGAGCCCCAAGAUCCAGGCCACAGAUGACACGGAGGGUGCACGGAGAAGAGACAGUGCUCCCCCACACCCAACAUGUCUGCCCUUUUGACCUUGCCUUUCUAGCCUGUUUACCUGGGGGAAAGAGCCACCCUUCCCCUCUCCAGCAGCACACCCAGAAGAACCAGCCUCUUUACAACACCCCCACCCUGCCUAGCCCUUCCCUGUGUGCAGCCAAGCUUAUCACUGGCCCUCAGGGCCACAGCUCUGAGAAUAAAAGGUAGUAAGUAGG